CAGGAGCGGGGUUCAACUGACAGACGGUUGCUAAGCGAGUUAGCCGUUAACCGUUAUGAGCAGUUGUUACGGUUACUAGUCACACCUCUGUAGUAUUACACGGUAUCUAUCCGCGUAGAGCUCCGUGUUUGUGGCGGAAAAUAGUUGACUAUCUUCGGUUCAGCUGAAGAGGGAGUCCUCCCUGUGAAUGAGUGACUCACAGUAGGCUAGCUAAGAGAGAAAGAGGAGGAAGAGGAGGAGGAGGGUGGAGACAAAAACUUCCACAGACCUCGCCCAGCCCAGCCGUUGCUUCACUCCAGCAGGCAGCUACUCUCUUGACGGUGGAGGAGAGAUCCACACCACUAACAUACACAUCAUACUGACACACACCGUGUCAAACUAAAGCCACCAUGUUCAGGAAGAACUUGAAGAAGGACCCGGAGCUGUUCAACAACGUGUCGGAGGGUCUGCGGCGGCUCUACCGGACCAAGCUGUUCCCGCUGGAGGACGCGUAUCGGUUCCACGACUUCCACUCCCCCGCACUGGAGGAUGCCGACUUCGACAACAAGCCCAUGGUGCUCCUGGUGGGCCAGUACUCCACCGGGAAGACCACCUUCAUCCGGCACCUCAUGGAGCAGGACUUCCCCGGGAUGCGGAUUGGCCCCGAGCCCACCACGGACUCGUUCAUCGCGGUGAUGCACGGCGAUCAGGACGGGGUGAUACCGGGUAACGCGCUGGUGGUCGACCCCAAGAAGCCCUUCCGCAAACUCAACGCCUUUGGCAACGCGUUUCUGAACAGGUUCAUGUGUGCCCAGAUGCCUAACGCCGUCCUGGAGAGCAUCAGUAUCAUCGAUACUCCUGGAAUCCUGUCCGGAGAGAAACAGAGGAUAAGCAGAGGUUACGACUUCGCCGCGGUGCUGGAGUGGUUCGCAGAGCGCGUGGACCGCAUCAUCCUCCUGUUCGACGCCCACAAGCUGGACAUCUCGGACGAGUUCUCCGAGGUGAUCCGAGCUCUGAAGAACCACGAGGACAAAAUGCGCGUGGUGCUGAACAAGGCGGACCAGAUCAGCACUCAGCAGCUGAUGAGGGUCUACGGAGCGCUGAUGUGGUCUUUGGGGAAAAUCAUCAACACGCCUGAGGUGGUGCGCGUGUACAUCGGGUCGUUCUGGGCCCAGCCCCUGUUGGUCCCGGACAACAGGAAGUUGUUUGAGGCAGAGGAGCAGGACCUGUUCUUGGACAUCCAGUCGUUGCCACGUAACGCAGCUCUACGCAAACUCAAUGACCUCAUCAAACGGGCACGCCUCGCCAAGGUGCAGGCCUAUAUUAUCAGCUCUCUGAAAAAGGACAUGCCGAGUGUGUUUGGAAAGGAUUCCAAGAAGAAGGAGCUUAUAGCCAACCUGGGAGAGAUCUACCAUCGGAUCGAGAAGGAGCACCAGAUCUCACCUGGAGACUUCCCCAAACUGGACAAGAUGCAGGAGCAGCUCAAUGGCCAGGACUUCACUAAGUUCGCACCGCUGAAGCCCAAGCUGCUGGAGGCUGUGGAGGACAUGCUGGCCAACGACAUCGCCCGUCUUAUGGCCUUGGUGCGCCAGGAAGAGGCCGCCAUGCCCAGCCAGUCCGUCAAGGGUGGAUGCUUUGAGGGAACCAUGAGCGGCCCCUUCGGUCACGGCUACGGAGAAGGUGCCAGCGAAGGCAUCGACGAGUUGGAGUGGGUGGUGGGCCGCGACAAGCCAACAUAUGACGAGAUCUUCUACACCCUCUCUCCCAUCAACGGCAAAGUGUCCGGCGCCGCAGCAAAGAAGGAGAUGCUGAAGUCCAAGCUGCCCAACACGGUCCUGGGAAAGAUCUGGAAGCUAGCAGACGUGGAUCAAGACGGCCUCCUCGACGAAGACGAGUUCGCCCUGGCCAACCACCUCAUCAAGGUGAAGCUGGAGGGCCACGAGCUGCCGCCCACGCUGCCUCUACAUCUGGUGCCCCCGUCCAAACGCGGCGACCACGACAAAACAUCCCUGGAUGCCUAAAGGAGGAGGAGAGGGGUUUGGGGGGGGGGCAGCCUUGAGACCAGCCAUAACAACGCUUUGCAUCAGGAGUCUCCAGACAAAAGUCCAACCACAAGCAUGAACAGCAUCGUCCUCCAUCAAGCUGUGAGUCUCCAGGCUUCCUGACACGCCAUGAGGAGGUGUACCUGUGAUCUGUUUCACCAGAGAGAGACUGGAGGGGUUUUGGGGGGGGGGGGCACAUCCAUCUUCAUUAGGGGAUAAUAUUUGGGUAUCUAUUAGAAAUAAAUAUGGAGGGAGGGGGGGGAUGAUUUGCAAACUGAUGAAAGGACAUUACCGUAUCAUGAACUGAUGGGUAGUUGGAGGUUGCAUGAUGGGGCUGAACAUGGAUUUGUGCAUCCUGUGUAAAAGAUAUCUUCUAAAUAUACAGUCCAUAUUAUUAUAUGUUGAUCCAAAGAAAUAUAGUUUUUUUUCCCAUUUGGAGAGAGAAAGAGGAAAUAAAUCAAAACAGCUGUUAGAAUUGUUUUAUCUAUAUUUUUGUAUUUCCUGACUGUUAGCUUUGACUCUUUCCAAAUGCUUCCUUUUUUAUUAUUUUGCCAGAUAAAUAAAAAGGAAUACUCUACCAUCUGA